AUGCCGCCGGGUACACCCGCGCAGCAUGUCGCCUCGCCCACCGGCCCAUCAUUAGGGAGCAGUCUCGUCGGCGCCGACCCUGCCGGCCCCAAGACCUUUGGCGACCGCUUCGGGCUUCUCGGAUUGCUGGAGGUGAUUCGGAUGCAGGACCCCGACACCAACACCCUGGCCCUCGGGAGCGAUCUGACAGGGCUGGGGCUGAAUCUCAACGCGACCGAGAACCUGUACUCGACCUUCAUGUCGCCCUUUGCCGAGAACCCCUCGCUUGGAGCCGAGCCGCAGUUCCAGACGCCGCCGUGCUACACGCUGCCUCAGCCGCCUCCCGCCGCGCUGUCGAAACUCUCAAGCUUUUCGGACGAGACGCUGUUCUACAUCUUCUAUUCUAUGCCCCGCGAAACAAUACAGGAGGCAGCGGCCCAGGAGCUUUUCGGCCGGAACUGGCGGUUCCACAAGGAGCUCAAGUUCUGGUUGACCAAGGACCCCGGCUCCGAGGCCCUGAUGAAGGGUGCUGGCUUUGAGCGUGGCGUCUUCAUCUUCUUCGACCCUGUGUCGUGGAGCCGAGUCAAGAAGGAGUGGAUCCUCUACUACGAUCAACUGGAGGAGCGCGGCCCCAGCAUGCCGACCCCGACAGGGAUCCUGGGUCGAUGUGGAAGCACCGGGUAUCAGGGAGCACUGACAGACGACAGCACGACCAGGGAACCAGUCCCGGCCUGA